UCCUGCCUCGCCGCCGCCCGUCGCCGGCAGAGCGCCGGGGGGGCCCGCGGCCGCGGCAGCCUCCGCGCGGGGCGCCCGGGAAGCGCCGCCGAGGUCCAGGAUGGAACAUCCCUGCUCGUUGCUGCUGCUCUCUGCUAGUUUCCUGCUCGUUCGCGCUUUACCGCCAAAUGGAACCGAAUUACCAAAAACAACAGCAACGACGAGUAAACUCCACAGAGGAGAGCAGCCUGCACCAGGAUCUCCUGACCUCCGUGCUCAUCCUGCUGCUGGUGUUCAUCAUCUUCCUCCUCCUGGCCGGCUACUUCUUCAGGUUCAGGAGGCACAGGAAAGCCGUGGUGAGCUCCAGCGACAAAAAGAUGCCCAAUGGGAUCCUGGAGGAGCAAGAACAGCAGAGAGUGAUGCUGCUCAGCAGGUCUCCGUCGGGCCCCAAGAAGUAUUUUCCUAUUCCAGUAGAAAACCUCGAGGAGGAAAUCAGGAUCCGGUCAGCGGAUGAGGGGAAACUCUUCCGGGAGGAGUUUAACUCAUUGACACCUGGACACGUGCAGGGAACAUUUGAAAUGGCAAACAAGGAAGAAAACAGGGAGAAAAACAGAUAUCCUAACAUCCUUCCUUAUGAUCACUCCAGAGUGAUUUUGACCCAAAUAGAUGGCGUCCCAUCUUCAGACUACAUUAAUGCAUCCUACAUAGAUGGUUACAAAGAAAAGAAUAAAUUCAUAGCGGCACAAGGACCUAAACAGGAAACAGUCAGUGAUUUCUGGAGGAUGAUAUGGGAGCAGAAGUCUGCAGUUAUCGUCAUGUUAACAAACUUGAAAGAAAGAAAAGAGGACAAGUGUUACCAGUAUUGGCCUGAUCAAGGGUGCUGGACUUACGGGAAUAUCCGCGUGUCAGUGGAAGAUUGUAUAGUCCUCGUGGACUACACCAUUCGCAAGUUCUGCGUUCAGUCCCUUCACGACGGUUGUAAAGCUCCAAGGCUUGUUACACAGCUUCAUUUUACCAGCUGGCCUGAUUUUGGAGUGCCUUUCACACCUAUCGGGAUGCUGAAAUUCCUGAAAAAAGUCAAAACACUGAAUCCUGCCCACGCCGGACCAAUUGUAGUACACUGUAGUGCUGGCGUGGGUCGAACAGGCACGUUUAUCGUUAUAGAUGCCAUAAUAGACAUGAUGCACGACGAACAGAGAGUUGAUGUUUUUGAGUUUGUUUCAAGAAUCCGGAAUCAGCGUCCACAAAUGGUUCAGACUGACAUGCAAUAUUCAUUCAUUUAUCAAGCCUUACUUGAAUACUACCUCUAUGGGGACACGGAACUAGAUGUGUCAUCCUUAGAAAAACAUCUACAGACAUCCCACAGUACAGCACCAAAUCUUGUCAAAAUAGGGCUAGAAGAAGAAUUUAAAAAAUUAACAAACGUUCGAAUAAUGAAGGAAAACAUGAGAACUGGCAAUCUUCCAGCAAACAUGAAGAAAGCCAGAGUCAUCCAGAUUAUUCCAUAUGAUUUUAAUAGAGUGAUUCUGUCAAUGAAAAGAGGUCAAGAGUAUACAGACUACAUCAAUGCGUCCUUCAUAGAUGGCUAUCGCCAGAAGGAUUACUUCAUCGCCACGCAAGGCCCGCUUCCUCACACCGUGGAGGACUUCUGGCGCAUGGUUUGGGAGUGGAAGUGCCACACUAUCGUGAUGCUCACAGAAGUUCAGGAGAGGGAGCAGGAAAAAUGCUUCCAGUACUGGCCGUCAGAGGGCUCUGUGACUCACGGAGAGAUAACCGUGGAAAUAAAGAAUGACAGCCUUUUAGAUGCCAUAAGCGUAAGGGACUUCAUAGUUACAUACAAUCAGAGUAACCAGGAGAAGCAGAGCAGGCUUGUCCGACAGUUCCACUUCCACGGGUGGCCAGAGAUUGGAAUUCCUGCCGAAGGAAAAGGGAUGAUCGACCUGAUCGCGGCUGUCCAGAAGCAGCAGCAGCAAACGGGGAACCAUCCCAUCACUGUGCACUGCAGUGCUGGCGCUGGAAGAACAGGUACAUUCAUAGCACUCAGCAAUAUUCUGGAACGAGUAAAGGCUGAAGGGCUCUUAGAUGUAUUUCAAGCUGUGAAGAGCUUAAGACUGCAAAGACCACACAUGGUGCAAACACUGGAACAGUAUGAAUUCUGCUACAGAGUGGUACAAGAUUUCAUCGACAUAUUUUCCGAUUAUGCUAAUUUCAAAUGAAAAUUCCUGCCUUAUUUUUUAAGUUGUCUGUAUAAAUAGUUGUAUAUUCUGUUAAUUUAUUUUGUCAUUCUUAUUGUUGACUUUUCCUGUAAAUAUGACCUUGUGUUUGCUCUAAAAGUUGCAUUUGCUGUAUAAAAUUUUCUUAAAUAUAAAUAUCUUUAAAAGCAAAUUAUAAUGUUCAUAUACAGUAUAUCAUUCUAAGAUGUAAUAGAAAUCUUUAUUCUAAAUAAGAGUAAAUUAAUUCUUGAGGGUUUAUUUCUUUGCAUUUUUCCCCUUAGAAAUAUUUAUCAAUAAUGUUAUUUCCCAGUUCUUGAAAAUUUAUAUAGCUGAUUUACAUUUCAUACUAGAAAAAUGAGUUGUGGUAAAUAUGUUUUAGCUGAAUGUGUUUUGGCCAUAAACCUUUUUCCAUUGAAGUCAAUGGCAAAUGAAAACAGUCUUUAUUUGGGGGCACACUCUGAUCACCCACUCAUGCUUAUUUGUAAUUUCUUCCACAAACAGUCUCACUGAAGGUCAAGAGACUGUUCACUGAGUGAAGUGCUAUUAAUGAUAGAGGUAUCAGAUUAUGGUUUGUGUGUAAUAAUGUACAGUCCAACUGAAAAAUAUAGCUGCUUUUAAAAUGUUUCGAAGAACAUCCAGGUUGAUGGUGGUUCUAUUUUGAGUCUUACUGUCAAUAAGAUAUAAUCAGUAUAAACACAGAUUUGAAUUGUUUGAUUUUAGUAUCGUUUUCAAAGUCCAUAUAUUUUGUUCUUUCCUAAAUAUUACACCAGCUUAAAUCAAUUUAGAGGUACAAUAAUGUGAGUUUACCACUAUUUGGAGAAUAUUUUGCAUAUCAGAAGAGUAUAUUUUGCUGCACCUGAACUUGUCUACUUCAAUAGGCUUUAUAGCCGUUAUCAAAAAUUGAUAUAAAGCUUCUAUAUACAUGUGCAUAGUUUCCCCAUUCUUUGAGAAAAAGAGAAAGAGAAUAAGGUGAAGACAGAGUAUCACUUUUUGAUUAGAAUCAACAGAAUAAUUAACAGUAUUUGCUGAAAUUUUGAAAAAUACUUUACUAACUGUAUAAUGCUAACAGUAAACACUGUAGCAAAAAGCUCUUUUAAAAUGUAUAUUCUUAAAAUAAGCUCCCCAUAUAACUGUCAAGAAAGGAGUGCUUCCUUUAUCUAAAAGGGGUAUAUGACUAUGUAUAUAGAUAUAUUUUUACUUAAAGUACUACUGAUAAUCUAAUUGGUAGAAUAAAUUUUAAAAAUCUUUAUCAUAGUCCUGAACAGGAUUUGCUGGGGGUUGGAAAAUCCAAAAAAUCACAGGGCAUCUGAAUGUUCAAUAAUUUAAAAAAAAUAUAUCUUUUUCGCUCUUUAAAAUGCUUUUAUGAAUUAAUGAGCACAAAGUAUGAGAAUAUGUACUUUAAUUACAUAACUAAUAUGCAAUAGUUCUGUCUUGUCCAGUUGGUUGGUUUUUUUCAAUGCAAACGUAAAAGCCUUAUUUAAAAUAAGCAACCUACUCUGAUCACUUCACUGUUGUGCUUGCACUAUUUUAUCCCAUGACCAUUUUUACGCUCUCAUACUAAAUAGCAUUAUACUUUGUAACAACGCAAAGGGAAAGGAAGGUGUUCAUACUUUUCCUUCCAUUUCAGACUGAAUGGGAAAGGUGCAGUUCGGAAAUUUCUAAGCACACUGUUCUGAACACUGCCAUUUACUGCUUCUUGUCUUCCCAGUGACGCACUUCUGUAUUUAUUUGUACAGUAAAUUAUGCACUUAAAGAUUCUUUAAAGACUAAACAUUUGUUACGAGUUGCUGUUAGAAGCUACACUCACAAUGCAAAAACAUCGACUACAGAAAAGAAUGUUAGGUGAGCUUACAUUACUGCUGCAUGCUAUAAAAUUUUAUAAAAUUUUAAAAAGCCAACAAAUUCAAUAUGAAAACCACUAUGGUGGGGUUUUCAGUAUGAUCAUUUGUAGAACAGGGAGAAUUAGAGGUGUUAGAUGAUGAUAGAAACUAAUGUAAAGAAAUUUCCAACAUUUUCUAAGGAAGUACAUUUUGUAGUCCCAGUCGAUCCCGAAGUCAGGAUUUUUCCAAACAUUUGGCCUACAUUUAAAAAAUAAUUUAUGUCUACUGGACAGCCUUUUGGCGUUGUGUUUUAGGGAUUUUUAAAAGAAGCCGAUGGUAAGAGUUGCCUCGUCAAGCAAAGCUCCGCAGCCGAGUGGCAAUGCGGUGUGGUGUCGGCUGAGACCCAUAACCCCCCAGCGGCAGGAGCCGCAGCAGGACUCCGGGCUCACCGCGAGGGACCCCUCGGAAGGGCGUAGGCAGCAAUGCGUAGUUAAGCAGCGUGCAGCAAAGAGCUAAGCGGAAACAUCAAAUACUAAGUGGGUACUCUGAUUUUUAGUUGCUAACCAUAUUAAAACAUCUAAGAGGAAACUGAAAUACCUAGAAUAUAUUUAAGAAUUCAUAAAUAUAGCUAGGUAAUGACUUUUUAAAUAAUUUAAAUGCUUGUUUUCUACUUGUGUUUAGUCCAUGGGCUGUUGUACUUAACUGCAGCAGCCUAAUAACUGAGGAGCUAUAUCUAGAUAAAGUUAUAUGAAUUUUCUUUUAAAUUUUCCUAUGUUGCAUGGAAUUACUUUACAAAGCCAAAUAGUGAUUAGAAAUUGUACCUUCUGAUCUGUAUGUGGUUUUGGUCACUAUGUGACUUGACUGUCUGUUUUCAUGUGUUAAGACAGGUUCCAGUUCACCUAAGCAUUUAAGCAUUUGCUUUAUGACAUCUCUAUGCCACAAACUAUUUAAGUACCAUAGGUUCUUUGUUCCUGAAGCAAUCCCUUAAGUGCUUUGCUGAAUUGGGCCUUAAUGAAGAAUGCAUACUGUAAUUACCAGUGUUUUUUAGAGUAUUUUUAUGUAUCAGUUUUUUAAACUUUUAAAAUGAGCCUGACCACCUGCGUUCAAUAUUUUGAAUGUUUUCAUUUCCCUAACAUCAUUUCCAAUGUAAAGUUAUUGAAACUUUUCUGUAUAACCAAAUUGUAUUUAAUUAGUCAAAUCUUUAUAAUAUAUGUAUGUAUUAUACAGUUUCAGCUAUCAUUGAUAUUUUCUUUUAUUACAUUUAUAAUUUGAUCUUGCUGUGUUUUUAAUGCCAGUGAAUGUUGCUGAAUUAUUUGUAUAUGCAAAUUGCAAGAUCUAAUACAUUCUGAUGCAAGAACAAAGCUUUGUUUUAUUCUCAAACUGCAUUAUUUUCUUUAAAUCUUUUAAUUUCAUUCCCGUAUUGUGUGUUCAUUUAAAUUAAAUAUUCUAAAGGAGCUGAAUUCCAUUACCUAGAUAAAUAAUUUUUCAGUACUUCUAAUCUGCAGUUAUUUCAGAAAUAGUGUUCUGAUUCAUGUCGUAACUGAAGUAUUGUGCAUAUCAAGUGCAUAUCAACUCAUGAUAGCAAUGGGAAGGCUAAGCAUGCCAAAACUGUAUUAGUAAGAUAGAUGACAGAGCUUUAUGACAUGAGCAGUCCCGUUGCAGUCUUCCCUUGCGAGUAUAAAUCUAAUGAUUUGAAAUUCUGACCCUACAGUACCUCAACAGCUGUUACUGCUCCAGCGUACUUGUACAGCACCUAGCACAAAGGCUCUUUGUCUUUGAUCGUGCCCUUCCUCCAUUCCUUCUUCCUUCCUUCCUUCCAGCAGCGUAGGAGGGCAGAGUGGGGCAGAAGUGGAAGAAGGGCUGGGGUGGGGCUGUGCUCCCUUCCAGAGAGGCGGGGAGGAGCGGGGCAACCCUGCACCACUUUGCUUUGCAGGUUACGCCGUGGGAUGAAUUAGCCCGGGAACGGGUUUUGCUUUCUGUGUGAGAUGGGAUUUUACAAACAGGAAGAGGUGAGAGGACAGGGACACCCCACUCAUAGGACUCAAAACCUCACUGUUCUUUUGUCUGCAAGUUUAAUAGUAUUGUGAUACACUAUGGUAUUACACCAAGAAAAAUGAGUAGCUUAAACUUUAACUAUGUCAAAUCAAAAGCCCACUCUAAUUAAUAGCAAUUUCUUCAUUAAUUUCAACAGGCUUUGUAUUGGACCUCAUGUACCACGAAUAAUCAAGAUGCACUACUCUUUUAACAGGUGUCAGGGGAUACCUAUGUAAACCAGAAAUAACUAUGCUGAAAGAGAUGACUAUCCUAAUGUCAAGCCAGUAUCACUGAGAUUAGGAAAAAAAUCAAUAUUCUUUGUGAAAUACGAUUUAAUGAAGCAAUGCUGAGUUUAACCCCCUUAGCCCUGUUUCAUCUGACACCUAACAUUUGCGAGGUUACCUUUACAAUGCACAUAAUUUUCUGAUUAUUUUUUUCCAAACUUAAGUUGGAAGAACUUCUAGUUUGUGCAUGGCCCUCCUGUGUACUGUAUGUUAACCUAUUAAAGCAUUUUUUAUUUGUAAUCAUGCUACUUUGUAAUAGAAAUUGAACAAUCCAGAAAUAAUUGUACCAAUGUUUGCCAAGAGUAACUGCACUGAAGUGCUGCUCUCAGAAAGUUGCAGUCAUUAAGUAUCUCUCAAAGAGAUGUCUCUGCUUUCUUGAAAAGAUGUAUUUACUGAUCAGAAAUUUGCCCGCUGAUUUUUAAAUGCAGGGACGUAGUGCACUGAAAUACACAAGAGCCUUUCAGAAAUUAAUGAUAAAAUAAUUUGUGUGAUCCCAUCACCUAUACUUCAAGCACAUAUCCAGAUGCACAGCUUGUGAGGCCAAAGUUAGCUUUGCAUGGGGAUGGACAGAUAUCUUUGUGUGGUUUCAUAAAAUAGAAAACUCUCACAAAUAUUAAUCAGUUAUUAUUGCCUAAUCAACCACUGGUUAGUAAUUAUUGAUGAAUAAGCAAAAUUAUUGAUUACUACAGAUCUGCACAAUUUCCAGUGUAAUGAGGUUCUGUCUGGAAAUAUCGUAGGAUCACUUCAGCUUUUUCAAGUUAGAUAAUGGGGAUUACAAGCUAUGAGACUAAAAGAAUGAUGAUUUUUUUUUAAUGUGUUCAUCUUCGUGUGCUUCUAUUCGUUCUACUUCUGUAUUAAAGAAGAAUAAUAAAAGGUAUCUUUGCUAACCACACAGCCAGUCAUAGUUAGUGUGUUUAUCAGCACCAAAUCUAAAGACUUGGGAUCACUUGGUCCUCAUCUCUUUAAAGUUAGCUCUUUAAAGCUAACAAGCUGCUGUUUAAAUACUGCAGUGAUAAUGAAGUUUUCUUUUCAUAUUUGAUUCUAACAUCCAGUAAGAAGGGAUUUUAGUGGGAAGGUGACAGUAUAAUUAAGAUUCAAAUAGUGGAAAUGUUUUUCUCACAACAGAGACCCUCUGCUCUCUUAAAAAGUCCCAUUCUAAUGAAAGAUCUGGAGAAAUCAGUUGAGAAUCAGAAAUAUCCUAGGACUCUACUGGCAUACAGAAAUAAUGCAACUAUACAGAAAACACAAAAACUGUAACUUCUGCAAUCCUGUUUAUGUAUGUAGAUUUUAUUUAAUUAAAUUUAAGACCUAAUUUUGUCAUUAUGUGUUUCUUGAGCUAUUAACUUUUC